AUGGUGGAGAACCAGACCCACCGCUUCCACAGUCCCGGGACAUUCGACGCCGAAAAGGAGAACUGGAAGCUUUAUCAGAUAAGGUUUCAAGCUUGUCUCGACGUCGCUAAGAUCACUGCCGAGGCGGACAAGAGAAACUUAUUGAUCGCUUCAAUUGGUCCCAAGACAUUUAAGCUGCUCUACUCCCUAAUUCAGCCACAGAGCUUUCUGGAGACACCGUAUCAAGAGUUGCUCAAAAAGCUCGAAGAACAUUUCGCACCUAAGAAAUUCAAGGAAUUCGAACGGGCGAAGUUGUUUUCGGCUCGCCAGGAAGAAAAUGAGACAAUCAAAGACUUCAUAACGCGGCUUAGAUCAAUCCUCAUUAACUGCGACUAUGAAUCUGAAGCCGACGCCAGAAGUUCGUCCCUUUUGACGGCAUUCAUCGUGGGUCUCCGUGACACGCGCGUCCGGGCACGUCUGGUGCUCGAGAAGGACCUCACUCUGGACGUCGCACUUCGCUUGGCCGAGUCAACCCUCACCGCCGAAGCAGAGUCCCGGCGCCUAGACCGGGGAGACCACGCUGCGCUGCUCGUUGAAAAAGUGAAGCCGUCCACUUCUGCGCCAGUCAAGUGUUUUCGAUGCGGCAACACCAACCAUUCGGAGAGUUCCUGCCGCUUCCGAACUGAGUCGUGCAAUGCAUGCGGCAAACGAGGCCACAUUGCAAAAGUAUGUCGAUCAGCGGAGCGUCACAAGACAGCUGGCAAGAAAAAGGAAAAGGUGAAAACAAUCACCAACGUAUUCGUCACUCCAGGAUCAGAUGGCGAAUUUGUCUCUUGCAUUAUUCAAGGAACACCCGUAAGGUUGCAGGUCGACACAGGAUCUAAGCUGACACUCCUAGACACUGACACGUGGCGGAAGAUAGGGAAGCCCACCUUGCAAAAAUGCGACUACAACCUCUUCUGCUUCAACCAGAAGAAAAUCACGGUCCAGGGACGGUGCUUGCUUCAGGUCACGCUUGGAAAACGCUCCGAAGAGCUAGAAGCAUUGAUGAUGUUGCAGAAUCUUGGGAUGCACCUCAAGCAGAAAAAGCUGCAGAAAGUUCUGAUGGACGUUGUUCAUUGUUUGUCUACUCUGCCAAGGAACCACACAUGUGCUCGUCAGCCACGUUUAUUGCGGGGUUUGUUUACCGCGCUGCCGCCACUGACCACCUAG